CAGACUUUUUGUUUACGUCUGUGUCAAAUCGCGCGCAAAUCAUUGCUGCUAGUGUUCUGGUUGGGAAACUUGCAAAAGAAUGGAAAUAUUCUGAAUCUACAGAAAGUUUAAAAUUUAUUCCAAAAGGAGUUCUGAUUUUGUUACACAAAACCAUUUUGUUUAAACGCGGAAAUGUCUGACGAAGUGAAAAUUGAGGAUGUUCCUCCGACCGAUAGUGAAUCAAAUGUCAUGGACGACUCAAGCGUUACAAUGAUGGAUGUCCUCAAGCAACAGGAAAAACUUGAGGAAGAAUCAGCUGCAGUUCUGGGCGGUUCGGAUGAGAAAUCGUGUACUUAUGAAAGGGGUUAUAUCAAGCGCCAGGCUCUCUACUCGUGCCUUACUUGCUGCCCAGAAGCGUGUAACGAUCCCUCAAAGCGAGCUGGAGUCUGCUUGGCUUGCAGUUACCAGUGCCAUGAAAAUCAUGAACUUGUCGAACUCUACACCAAACGAAAUUUCCGCUGUGAUUGCCCCACAAGCCGCAUUCCUGGUCAGAAAUGUACAUUCGCUGAAACUUCAUCCCCUAAUGAACCAAAACAUGAACCCAACAAAGACAACUCGUACAACCAGAAUUUUUUCGGUCUCUAUUGCACUUGCAAGCGACCGUAUCCCGACCCGGAAGAUUCGAUUCCGGACGAAAUGAUCCAGUGUGUACUUUGCGAGGACUGGUACCACACGCGGCAUCUGAAUGCUCCGAUUCCAGCUGCUGACUCUUACAGUGAGAUGAUCUGCGACGUAUGCAUGGAAAAGCAUAGUUUUCUUAAGGAUUAUUCAGGACUAGCCGUCAACAAGGUGGAACCCACCAACGAGAGCGCAAACGUUAGCGUGCUAAACUGCACGACUGACGAAGAGAAACUUCGGGCAGAUUUGGACAAGAGCAUCGCCGAUAUAAUGCCAAAUAUAUCUUCGAGUGACGACACCAUGGAAGACUCAGCCACUAUUAGCGGCACACAUGAUGAGGGAGUUGGAGAGCCGGCAACGAAAAAACCCAAACUCGACGAAGACGCCGGAAAGUGCCGUCGGCCCCCAGCGAGUCUCGGCUACAAGGGCGGUGCGGUGUUCUGGCCAGAUAACUGGCGGUCGUCUCUCUGCUCGUGCCAAACUUGUUCGCAGAUAUAUGAAAGCCAAAAAGUGUCUUUCCUUCUCGAUCCUGAGGACACCGUUCAGUUUUAUGAGGAAAAUGGUCUGAAGAAAGUUGUCGAGACGGACUACGAACGUGGCAUUCGCGCAUUUUCAACAAUGGGACGAACGCAGCAAAUUGAUGCACUCACUGAAUAUAAUCGGAUGAAGGAAAAGCUGCAGGAAUUCCUGCGGACGUUUGCAGUUAAUAAGAAAGUCGUUACUGAGGAAGACAUCAAUACAUUCUUCCAGGGUAUGAAAAACGAGAAGAAUGCCAACGUUGGACAGCCGUACUUUUGCCGUUGAGGUUGGCAUGCAGGACUUUUUGAGGAGUUUGUUACAUUGAAGAGGGGAAUAGGCUAUGGAUUUACUUGUAAUACAGUUAUGCAACUACUUAUUUUUCAAUAUAUUUGCGUUUCUUUAGAUGGAAA